AUGCAGAUCUGCGACUCGUACAGCCAGAAGUACUCCCUCUUCAACGCCAUGAACCGCUUCAUCGGCGCCGUCAACAACAUGGACCAGACGGUGAUGGUGCCCAGCCUGCUGCGCGACGUGCCGCUGCUGCUGGAGGAGCUGGACGCGGCGGGCGCCGUCUGCCCGCAGCGGGAGGCCGCCCUGCCGCCCGGGGACCCCGGCGCCUACUUCUCCCGCAGGGACAUGUACAGCCACUACAUGCUGCUCAAGUCCAUCCGCAACGACAUCGAGUGGGGCGUGGUGCAGCCGCCGGCGGGCGAGGAGGCGGCCCGCAAGAAGGACAAGCUGGGCGGCGGGCCCGCCGAGGAGGGCGAGGGGGAGGAGGACCUGGAGAAGCAGUUCCACUACCACCUCAGCGGACUCCACUCGGUCCUCUCCAAGCUCACCCGCAAGGCCAACGUCCUCACCAACAGAUACAAGCAGGAGAUCGGCUUCAGCAGCUGGGGGCAGUGAGCGCCGGCGGGGAGCGGGGCAAGGGGG